AUGGCAAGGAAGACCCUUAAGCAGCAGGAGUAUGUUUUCUCCAGUCGUACCAUCAUGGAGGCCAUCCAGAUCUUCUCUGCCAAGGCCUUUGAGGCUUUUGAACCAGUUCACAAGCAACAGGUUCAUGGGUUGCUCAAGCAGCUCUACUUAGCUUUGAUGAUGAAAAAUUCAGUGAACAUUGCAGAGUUGGGCUUCGUGGCCUCAGGCAAGAUUGUGAGUAACACAGUAUGCAGUAAAAACCUUUUUGAUAACACAAAAAACAAAGGGAGAGAACUAAAACAUACAUUCUGGGAGUUAAUGCAAAUUCUUGGCUCUGUAAAUGUUACUGAUCUCAUCCCAGUAUUUAAACCAUUUGAUCUUCAAGGCCUGAAACGGAGAAUUUUGAAGAUCUUUUGGAGAUUAUAUGCAUUUUAUGAAAACAUUAUCAAGGAGAGGUUGGAAGAAAGGAAAAUCAGAAUCGGCAAUAUUGGGAAGGAAAAAUUGGACUUGUUAGAUGUGUUAUUGGAUUAUAGAAGUGACAGAGAUGAUGAAUUAAAAAGCUUAUCGAGAAAGAACAUUAAAGGCAUGCUUGCGGAAAUGUUCACCGGCACAGAGACUACAUCAAGCACUUUUGAGUGGGGUAUGGCAGAGAUCCAAAGAAAACCUGAUGCAUACAAGAAAAUAGUUAUGGAGUUGGACCAAGUAGUUGGGAAAGAUCGGUUUGUUGAAGAGAGUGACAUUUCCAAUCUACCCUACCUUCAAGCAGCAGUGAAAGAAGUUUUCUGGCUCCACCCUGCCGUCCCACUGCUCGUUCCUCAUAGCACGAAUGAGGCGUGUGAGGUUUCCGGUUACCAUAUUCCUUAA